GUCGACCCGCUCCCCCUGGCGUCCAUCUCCUUGGGACUUGGUGGGCUCCUUGCUGGGGCGCGUGCCCGGCACUUCUCCAAGACCUGGCGUCCCUGGUUGAGGCGAGGCGUUUUGGGCGCAGGGGUGAGGGUGCCCUGCCGCGCCUUGGCCACCGAAGUGGCUCCCAAAGUGCUGGCGGACGAUGCGGAGGUUCGUGCUCCUCCUGGAGACCCGCGCCAGUACCGCGUGCUGCAACUGGACAAUGGUUUGCAGGUUUUGUUGGCCUCGGAUCCCAAAGACCGCCUGGGCCUGGCCCAUUUCCACGAGCACAUGCUGUUCUUGGGCACGGAGAAAUUUCCCAAGGAGGACGAGUACAGCAAGUACUUGAGUGAGCAUGGUGGUGACAGCAAUGCCUUCACAAUGUCAGAGUACACCACGUACUACUUCAAGGUGGCUUCGCCCUUCCUGGGUGAGGCACUCGACCGCUUCUCCCAGUUUUUCAUCAGCCCGACCUUUGACCCAUCUGGCAUUGAGCGGGAGAUGAAGGCAGUGGACUCCGAGAGCACCAACUACUCCACGGAGGACGGUUGGCGAUUGCUCCAGGUUUUAAAGGCCACUGCCGCCGAGGAGCACCCCUUUUUCAGUUUUGAUGUCGGCAACCUGGAUACCCUGGGGGCCGAUGAUUUGGACGGCACCAGGAAGCAGCUGGUAGAGUGGAACAAGACCCACUACCAAGCAGGCGCCAUGAAACUUGUAAUGGUUGGCAGCGACAGCCUUGACGACUUGCAGCUCCCUGGACGCACCAGGGCCCUCGCUACGGAGAAGUUCGGCGAUGUGCCCUCGGGAGGUGGCAGAGAGUUGACAUAUGCUGUCAAGCCGUGGCCAACAUCUCAGGUUGGUCGCAUUGUCAAGUGCGUCCCACUCAAGGACUCUCGCGCAAUCUCAGCCUAUUGGCCUCUCCCGCCGGUUCAGAAGUACUUGUUCGCCAAGCCAGAGUUGUACUUGGCACACUUGCUGGGCCACGAGGGUGCUGGAUCCCUCCAUGAUGCACUCAACCAGUUUGGCUGGGUCGACCAGCUGUCUUCUGGCACCGCGCAAUCAUUCACGGAUGAGCAGCUCUUCGCAAUCAACAUCACGCUCACGCCUGAGGGCGACGCACACCGGGACGAAGUCUUGGCUCUGCUUUUCGAGUACGUGGAGAAGAUUCGUUCGGCCGGGCCCAAGGAGGAGAUCUUCAAGGAGCUAGCCUCUCUUCAAGAAAUCGGUUUUGCACACAAGGAGGACUACCCGCUGCCCGACGACUUUGCGGCUACGGCGGCCAUGGCGUUGCACAGGUAUCCUCCUAACGAUGUGCUGCGUGGACCCUUCGCCUUGGAUGAGUGGCGCGCUGAUGUUGUAGCAGACUACUUGUCAACCCUGACGCCAGAGAACUGCCUGAUCAUGAUGACCAGCGAAAGCUUCAGAGAGGAAAGCUCUGCGGAGGGCGCCAGCGAGCAGGGAUGGAAGCCGGAGGAGUGGUACAAGGCCUACUACAAGGAGGAACCCCUUGACAAGGAUCACUUGGACCAGUGGCGGCAGAAGCUGCAGGACGCUCUACAGGGCCAUCCUUCCGGCCUUAAGCUACCAGAGCCCAACCGUUUCAUUCCCAGCGACUUCUCCCUGCGCGCCACGGAUGGUGAGGGCCUGGAGGUCACCAAGCUUCCUAUGGAGGUGCUUCCGCCAACACCCUUGGUGAACACUGACAUGCUCCGACUGUGGCACAAGGUGGACAAGGCUUUCAAGACUCCACGGGAGUACGUCCUGGCACAUGUCCACACCGGCGCCUAUGACGCAGGCCCGGAGGUUGUGGCCAUGAUGCGAUUGUUCUGCGGUGUGGUCAGCGAUGACCUUAACACCUUCUCGUACGACGCCAGUGUGGCUGGCUUGGGCUACAACUUGGAGUUUGCGGACAAUCUGACCAUGUCUGUGGGCGGCUUCAACGACAAACUCCCUGAUCUUCUCAAGGUGGUCGUGGAGCGCGUGGCCACCCUCCUGGACGAGUUCGAGACCGCGGCAGAGGCUGUGAAAGGCGCGACGACGGAGGAGGAGCUUCUCACAGCGUUGGGGGACCGCGGUCAGGAGUUGCUGGAAAAGCUCGAGGUUCAGCGACAAAUCCUCCUGCAGGAUUACAAGAACUUCACGCGAGAGGACCCAUGGUCUGUUGGCAACUACUACCUCUCGCAGCUGAUGCUGCGCAAGUCCUGGCAUCUGUCGGAGUACAUUGAGGUCCUGGAAAGGGGGCCUGAUCUCGCUGCCACGGCAGCGGCCGUCCGUGUUGCCUUCAGCCAUGUUCAGGUGGACAUGCUUGUGCACGGCAAUGUCUCUGCAGACGAAACCAAGAGUGUAGCUGACACUGUAUGCGCUACCCUGGAACGCCUGGGCGCAAAGCCUCUAAAGGAGCUGAGGAAGAAGGAGAUAACUCAGCUGCCCCUGAAAUCCACCACCGUCUUUGAGUACGACUUGGCGGCGGAGAACCCGGCGCAAGAGAAUUGCAGUACGCAGGUCGUGUAUCAGGUGGGCCCUACGAACGAGGACUUCCGGCGAGACGCAUGCGUGUCUCUGACCUGCCACAUCGCGCACGUCUCGGCCUUCCAAAAGCUCCGAACCGAGUUGCAGCUAGGGUACAUUGUGCAAGCUUUCCCAUGGGUGAAUGAGCACAUCUGCGGCUUCUCCGUGCUGGUCCAGGGGCCCCGGGAACAUCCUCAGAAAGUUGAUGAGCUGAUCGAAGAAUGGCUCGAGGACUUCAGCAAGGAGCUGGAGGCGAUGACGGACGAGGACUUCCAAAAGAAUGUGCAGGCUUUGGUCAACGAGCGCACGCAGCGCUAUUCCAGGCUUCUCCAGGAGGUUACGCGACACUGGGCCGAGAUCCUUCCUCGGCGAUACAAGUUCCAGAGGGUCGUGGAGUCUACAGAGGCCUUGAAGUCUGUCACAAAGGAGGAUCUUAUUACCUUCUUCAAGGAGUACUUGGCGAAGGAUGCACCCUCCAGGCGAAAGCUGAGCGUCCGCGUCCUGGGCACCACGGCCGACGGAAAGAAGAGCGAUGAUUUGGAGGAGUCGGAUACCAGACUCAGCAAUGUUCACGAGCUCCGCGACUUCCACGGUCAGACGGAUUUCUAUCCUCCCCUCUUGCCAGCCGAGAUGCCGGCCGCCAAGGCUCGCGAGCACAUGACCAAGGCGGAGCAGGCUCUGAAGCCAUCCUGGGUGUCCUUCAAGUUCAGUCCGGAUCACCUGACGGCAUCCAUGGAGUACUCGCAGGCGGCCACCCAAUUUCGGGCAGCCAACAUGCUUCAAGAAUCUGCUGAUGCCUGGGCCAAGUCAGGCGAGAUGAAGGAGCAGCUACAUGACCUCUUUGGUGCGGGCAGGGCGUACGAAAGCGCCGGCAGUCUCUGCGACGGCACCGGACCAGGAGGACCUGCGACUGCCAUGGCGCACUGGCAGAAGGCAGUGCAAUGCUUCCGCAUUGCUGGCAAGUCAGACGUAGCAGCAAAGCUCCUGCUGAAGAUGGCGGCAAACAAGGAGAAGCAGGGGGACAUCGAGUCUGCCAAGACCUCCUUCCAGGAUGCCCUCAGCUUGUACGAGGAUGAGGAGAAGGACUACGAGCUGGGGGAUGUGUACAAAUCGUACAUUGGCUUCCUCAUCCGUUCUGGUGCGCUGGAGGAUGCUCUGGUGGCCAUGGAUGGCCACAUUGGGGUACUGAACAGACAGAAGAGUCUACCCUUUGCGCACAAGGAGCUCCUGUCCAAAAUUGUUCUUCUGGCCCAGCUGGAGGACACCGUCAGAGCAGAGGAGGUCCUGAACGUGGCACCAGUUGAGGGUUGGUUCACUUCGCGGGAGUGCCAGGUUGGCUGUGAGCUCGUUGAGGCACUAAAGAGCCACGAUGCUGAAGCUCUUGCUGGGCUGCAGAAGGAACAGAUCUUCACCUUCUUGCAGGUGGAGGUUGCCAGGGCCGUGCGGCAGCUCAAGGUUGCGGCGCUUGCACCACGGGAGGUUGCGAGCAGUCCCCAGGAGCCCGUGGAUCCUGCCGAUCUGUUGAUGUGA